GUUUGGAUUCAUCCCAAAAAAGCGAAGAGAAUAGCUUGUCUUCUGUUUGAGAAGAUCAAGUGGUAGAGUAAAUUGCAUCAGAAGCUUUGAAUUAUCCAAAAAUGCACCCGAUAAAAAAUACGUAAAUAAAAAAAAAAAAAAAAAAAAAAGGUGCACUUGAGCUUGACACUGUCAAUGAAAUCCAAGAAUGGCAUAUGUUAUUUUAUUGUCUAGUGGCUUUUAAUUUCCACAAAGAGAUAUUCUUCCUGCCUUUAAAGAAUAUUCUCUUAUCUCAAAAGAGAAUACGUUAACUACUUUGUGGAAAAGAAACAGAAAAUUGGGAGUUUGAUGUAUAGGUGAUGAUUUGGAUAUCGGGGAGUUCUGGGUGACAGGACUUUGAUAUUGGGUGGGGGUUUGAAGCAAUUUUGGAUAUCAGAACAGUGUUUUUUUAUUAUUGUGUUUGAUGAGAUGUUGAAGAUUGGUUAGUGCGUUUUCAAAGUUUUAUCUGAGAGAGCAAAAGUCUUCAAUUAUGACUGGAAAAUCUCAUAGAAUACGGGGCAGUGAUGCUUCCCUACAGAAGAUUCAUUAUCUUUUCAGCGAAAAAAGAGAAGAUUCCGUAACUAAUCCUUUCGUUUAUUGCAAAUUAUUGGAGGUUGCACUAUUGUCCAUCCUCACAAGUCAAUAUUAGACGUUUUAUCAUAUUCUUUUUCAAUAUAUUUUCCGUGAAAUGACAAUUAUCUUUGAAAAAAAAAAAAUGCUCUUUUAAGCCGGCGUUUCAGUGUGCACACUACUGCCUCCUUUCAGCUUAUUGCAGUGAGGGUACUGGACUAGAAUUUUUCUAUGUGUAUGGCUUCCGAUACCCAGACUCCGCUUCUGGACGACAUCGUUGAUGGUGUCGUUGACAACAAAGGCCGCCCAGUUCUGAGGUCCAGUUCGGGUGGAUGGAGGUCUGCGGGUUUUAUCCUAGCCGUGGAGGUUGCAGAGAGGUUCGCGUACUAUGGGAUUAGCUCCAAUCUGAUAAGCUAUUUGACGGGGCCACUGGGACAGUCCGCGGCUACGGCGGCCGAAAACGUCAACGUUUGGUCUGGAACGGCGUUGUUGCUUCCACUGUUGGGAGCCUUUGUAGCGGAUUCUUUCUUUGGACAAUAUUGUACCAUCGUGGUGGCUUCUCUGCUCUACAUUCUGGGACUAGGAUUGCUGACUCUAUCAGCUUUUCCAACUUCUGCCAGUGCUUCUCAUCAAAAUAAUUCUCCUCCUCAGUUGCAAUGCAUAUCCUUCCUCUUUUCUUUAUAUCUAGUAGCAAUUGCACAAGGUGGACACAAGCCUUGUAUUCAAGCUUUUGGAGCUGAUCAGUUCGAUGGACAACAUCCAGAAGAGUGUAAAGCCAAAAGCUCAUUCUUCAAUUGGUGGUAUUUUAGUACAUGCAUGGGCAUUUUUUCAACAAAUUUGAUUGUAAGCUAUAUACAAGACAAUCUCAGUUGGAGUCUAGGUUUUGGAGUUCCUUGUAUUGCAAUGGUCUUUGCUUUAUUGGCUUUCUUGCUCGGAACUAAAACUUAUAGGUAUAGAAAUAUUAUACAAGACAAAAAGAGCCCGUUUGUAAGAAUUGGCAGAGUGUUUAUUGCAGCAUUAAGGAAUUGGAGAUCAACAAGCCCAUCAUCAGUAGAAACUGAAGAGGAUUCUCAUCAACAAAGUUUCAAACAAUUCAAAUUCCUCAACAAAGCUCUGCUUGUACCAGCAGACGCUUUGGAAGCAGAGGAGAAGAUAGACUGUAGUAUGGAAGAGGUUGAAGAAGCAAAGGCCGUACUUAGACUUGUUCCAAUAUGGGGAACAUGUUUGGUAUAUGCUAUUGUGUUUGCACAAUCUUCAACUUUCCUUACCAAGCAAGCAGCUACAAUGAACAGAACAAUUAAGCCCGGGUUCGAUAUACCAGCAGCUUCGGUUCAAUCUUUUAAAAACCUCGCUUCGGUUCUCUUCGUUCCCAUUUAUGAUCGUUUUGUUAUUCCAGUGGCAAAAGUAUUGACCAGGAAACCAUUUGGAUUCACAAUGUUACAAAGAAUAGGAAUUGGAAUGGCUUUAUCUGCUCUGUACAUGGCGCUUGAAGCUGUUGUCGAGAUAAAAAGGCUCAAAACUGCUGAAGAAUAUGAUCUGCUUGAUAUGCCAAAUGCGCCAGUACCCAUGAGCGUGUGGUGGUUGGUUCUGUUGUACCUCUUGUUUGGGAUAUCGGAAGUUUUCACCGUCGUUGGUCAGCAAGAGUUUUUCUAUGAUCAAGUUCCAAAUGAACUAAGGAGCAUAGGGCUUGCGCUGUACCUUAGCAUUUAUGGUGUAGGGAGCUUUCUAAGUAGUUUUCUUAUCUCAAUCAUUGACAAAGCAACUAGUGAGAGUGGGCAAGAGAGUUGGUUUGCUAGUAAUUUAAAUAGAGGACACCUUGAUUACUUUUACUGGCUACUUUCUGUGCUUAGUCUAAUAGGAUUUGUGGUCUUCUUGUUUUUCACAAAAUCUUAUAUUUAUAAAGUAUAAGGGUAUGGUUAGUAAGGUGAACUAUUUUCAGUGUUCUUAUAGUAUCUAACUACUAAGUUGUAAAAGGGACAUCUUCGUUAAACACUGUUAA